AUGGCACUCCUCGUCCAAUCCCUCCUCUCCAAUCCCGGAAUCCCACUACAAGACCGCCAGGAAGCCCUAGACAGAGCGCUGUCCGACCCCGGGCUCCCAACACCAAACCCUACAUCUUCCUUCUGGCUGCGCUCACCCCAUCCCGAUCUCGCAAAAAUACAGUCACCAGAAUUACCAGCUGAAGCAGACGUCGUCAUUAUCGGCUCCGGCGUAACAGGAACAUCCAUCGCAAGAACACUCCUGGAGUCUCGAAAACCUCGCAAUAAUGGUCCGGGACAAGAACGUACCAGCCGUCCCGCGAUCGUUAUGCUAGAGGCCCGGGACAUCUGUAGCGGUGCAACAGGCCGUAAUGGGGGCCAUAUCCUCGAGACGGCGGAGGAAUUCGCAGAUCUGGAAGAAGCGCAUGGGACUGACGCUGCGAGGAAGAUAUUGAGGUUUCGGCUCGCGCAUUUGCGGGAAUUUUUUGCUGUAGCGGAGGAGUAUGGAUUGACGGAGACAGCUCAGGCGCGGAAAGUCCAGUUCUUGAGUGUUUACUUUAACCAGAAGGCUUGGAGUGAGGCUCGUCGUCGCUUUCUGCACGGGGAGUGGAGGCUGUAUGAGAGGGAAGAUAUUCCAAAGGAGUUUUCUCUUCCUCAUGCUCAAGGAAUCGUUGCCGGCCCGGCGGGUGCAAUCUGGCCCUACAGGUUUAUCACCGGAGUCCUGGGUCACUUGAAGACCGAAUACCAUGACGACUUGAAGAUCGAAACGAAUACGCCAGUCACCAACAUCGAAGAUGACAGGAGGAAGGCCCCAAACGGACUCCGCUACACAUUGACAACACCUCGAGGCACCAUUCGCGCCAGCCAUGUCGUGCACUGCACAAACGCCCACGUUGCUCAUCUAGUCCCCGGGCUGAAAGGCCGUAUCUGUCCCGUCCGCGGCCAGAUGUCCGCGCAGCACCCUGGGACAAAGUUCCGAAGUCAAGGAGCGGAGCAUUCAUGGCUCUUCAACUAUGACCGCGGCUUUGAUUAUCUCACGCAGCUGCCGCCUUCGCCCUCGGAUGCUGGCGAGAUGAUGAUGUUUGGAGGCGGAUUCUCUCAGGGCGAAGGAGGUGCGAUUUCGGACCUCGGUGUUUCUACAGACUCGGAGCUUAGUCUCUAUGCGGACAUCCACCUUUCAGGGGCGCUGAGUGCGGUAUUUGGUCGUGAGAAUUGGGGAGCUGUGCCUUUGCGUGCUGUUGAGCAGAUGUGGACGGGGAAUAUGGGCUUCAGCGCUGAUGGAUUUCCUUGGGUGGGACGGCUCCCAGCGUCACUCACGCGGAGGGGUCAAGAUGCGCAGGGAGAGAGAGGCGCUGAAUGGGUCUCUGCGGCGUUUUCAGGAGAAGGAAUGGUGUUAGCAUGGCUGUGUGGGAAGGCGCUGGGGACGAUGUUGCUCUGUCAGGAUAAUGACCUGUUGGAUGGAGAGGCUGUAGACCUCUCUUGGUUUCCUGAGCAGAUGCUCGUUACGGACGAGAGGGCUAAGAAGGCGGUUUACGCUCUCUCUGUUUCAAACGUAUCUCCUCAUUUGUAA